CUACUAUUCAUACAAUACAAUAAAUAAUUUAGAAUUAAUAAGCAAACUAUUUUUAUAUUAAACAAAUAAAGUUAUAAUAAGUAAGUAUAUUUGAUAGUUUUAGAUAUGUCUGACCAAACUAAUAAUGAUUAAAAAACCAUCAAAGAUUUUUAGUAAGCAAAUCAAUAAACUUUUUAAAGCUUCAACAACCCUAUGGCGAUGAAUUAAUAAGCCGGUUAGCAAAGUUAAAUGCCUCAUAUGUUUAAUUAGGCCAAUAAUAUGAAGAUAGAUCUUUUAAAUUUUAAACCUACGACUUAAUUUAAUACUCCAAAUAUGAAUAAUUUCAUGCCACAGCAAGGAAUACAGCCUUCUUAAUAAAAUUUUAAUAUGAAUAGCAAUUUCAACUUUAAUUUCUUUAAUUUUCACAAACCUCCUAUGCCACCACCUCCUCCUCCACCAGUUAAUAAACAAAACAAUUAGUAUAAAGGUAAUAAUAACUUUCAUAACAAUCACAACAAAAACCAAUAAAAUCGUUUCAAUCCUAAUCAAAAAAAAAACUUUUACAAUAAUGGUAACAACAACAAUAACAAUAAUCAAUAUAGGAAUAACUAUUAAGCAGGGUUAAAUAAUAAUAAUAAUAAUUAAAAUAACUAGCAAACAAAUAACAAUAAAAAUAAUGCUUUUAAUGGAAAUAAUUAAAAUAAGUAGCAAUAGCAAAAUAACAAUGGAGAUUAAAAUCAAAAUAGAAAUAAAAACAAUAACUUUAAUCAAAAUAAUAAAAGAAAACACAAUAACCCCAAUUAAAAUAAUUAAUAAAACGAUUAAUCUAACCUAUAAAAUAGCAAAGAUGUACAAAGCUAAUAGUAGCAUAUGUAGCAGUCAUAAAAUAGAUCUCAUUUGGGAUAAAAACACCCACAUUAAAAUAACAAGUAGAAUCAUUAAAAUAAAAAUUAGGCAGUGAGUUUGUAGAUUUACCAAGAAAACUAAGAUGAAAUAAGAAAAUGGAUAGAAUAGAGAAAAAAAAACUAUCCAACUUCUGAAAAUAUCAAGAAAAAACAAACAGAAGAAUAUAGGAAUUAAUAGAAUGGAUAAGUAAACAGAGAAGAGCUUUCCAAGUUAGAAUAAAAGCUGAGAAAGAAAAUUAUGAUUAGCAAUUCUAGCUUAAAAAAGCUGGAAAUUUAAUAAAAGCAUUAUGAAAUGUUGAGAAAGCUUUACACUGAGGGAGACAAGGCACCAAAAACAAAAAAAAUGAGAGAAGAAAUUGAAAAUAAGAAAGACAAAAGAUAAAAUAGGAAAGAUGAUAGACAUAAAAAUUAAGAAAACUUUAAAAAGUAAGAGGACAGUAGAAUCAAUUAGCAAAAGAUAGAUUAUUCUGAAUAAGAAUUGAAGUAAAAGGCCAAAUUUUAAAAUAAAUUAAAGAACAAACUAGCUUAAAAGAGACUUAUCACACUUUAAAUUUUAGAAAAAAUCUAAAAUAGAAAAGCAAUUUAUGAUUCUGUAUAAUAAAACAUAGAAGAUAAAGCAAAUAGUAGUCUAGAGUUAUAAAAAAAUGAUUAAAAUUAAAUAAUUGAAGAGGAAAACGAUGAUAUGCCAAUAGAAGUACCUUUGGUAAGCUUGAAGUAAAAUUAAGCUGACACCACAUAGAUAAUACAAAACUAGCAUGAAGAAUAAAGAAAAAAAGUGAAUGAAACAGAAAACAGCAAAGCUAAAAAUAAGAAAAAAAGGAGAAAUGAUCAUGAAAACAUUGAAGAUGAAGACUAAGAAAACAGUAAUAAUGUUAGUAACAGAGCAGGUUAGUUUUCCGAAAAAGAAAAAAUCAAUGAAAUGAUAAACGAGCUUAAAGAAAAGAGAGACAAGUACUCUCAAGAAUUAGAUUUAUCAUUUAAUUACAAAUCUAACUCAUCUAAUUUCAGGUAUAAAGCAAAUACUCUUCUAACUAAUUUAGUGUUAGAUGAAAUUUAUAGAGAACGUAAUUACUUAUUGCAAGCCAUAAGAUAUAUAGUUUCAAAUAAUUUCUUUGAUGAAUAAGCUGAAAAUGUUCAAAGCACUUAAAGUUAAGAUUUGAAAAAUAUUUAAGAUACAGCCAAUAACAAUUUAACUCUUUAGGAUGUUGAACAAAACCAGGACAGCUAAGGAUAAUAAUAAAGCAAUUUUGAUUCAAUUUCCAAUAAAAAUGAACUAAAUUCAAAUAAUAUUGAAGUAAAUUUAGACAAUUUAAAGCAAAUUUCAGAAAUUUAAGAGAAAGCUUAAUAAACCAUAAAUUAACUACCAACAAGCUUUGAAUAAGAUUAAAAUUGCUUGUAAUAGAUCAAAGAAGAUGCUUAAAACGGUAUCGAACCAGUCGCUUAAAAACAUUAAAAUUAAGAAAUUAGCUAAUAAGCAAAUCAUAUUGAAGAAGAAUAAGAGAAAUAAUGA